UUGCUGAGUACACUAGCGAUAUAUUACCAUUUUCAAACAUGUACCUCCUAUCAAUAAUUUAUGACAAGGUGAGGACAAUUGGAAUUUUUAUGGUACUUAGGAAUUUUACUUGCGAUAUAGACCUUAUUUUCUUCUAUUUUCUAUCUAAUAUCUGCCGUUGUCUAAGUAACAGGAAUCUUCGCCCAAGCUAUAGUUUACAUAGCUGUUGUCAGGAAGCGUUAAAAUUAAGUUAACUACAAGUGCUAUAUGUUGGGCAUUAUAUAACGCUUUUGUCUGUUGUUUUGGAUUGGAAGUUGAUCACUCAACUGAAAACGCCGCUUCGCCUACACUUCCUACAUAAUAACAAAGGGAUGCUACACCUCCUCCUCUGCUAACGACAAUGGAUAAAGCAAUAGAGCUGCAAACCAAUCCUGCGAUUGACGUUAGUUCCAUUCGUUUGUUAUUGUCUCCUUCUGAACCUUUACUUUAAGGUAAUGAAGAAUUGCAUUUGUUUCAAUCUAUCUUAUUAUGAGAUGAGUGAGGAGGGAGACUUGAAACUGCUGGUUUUGUUAUUACUCAGUACUACCUUACUUUGCGAGUUUACAUCGAAUUUCCAAGUUUAUUUUAGUUUUCAAAUUGCCCCUGUAUUAAUAUGAUAGUAAAGUCUUGCAAUGAAAAACCAGUUAUUUAAUAUGAAUAAUUGAAGCUUUUUUCGUCGCCUUUAGAGGCAUGGAGUUGGUAAACUUGCUAGAACAUUACUGGAGCCUAACGUUUUUGGGUCGUUGGUCAUUUCAUCCAUCAAUUAAUAUCCUUAUUUUCAAAUUGAAUACUAUCG